AUGCAAAAGGCGAAACCUGGGCAAUACUCAUACAACGCUCUUCAUGGACCUACCCCAAUCAAAGCGGGAGACUUUGUUUUGGUGUUGGGAACGGGCAGUGUUUCUAUCUUUGCAUUACAGUUUGCUGCUGCCGCUGGAGCGACCGUCAUUGCCACUUCAUCAUCUGACGACAAAUUGAAGAUAGCUGCAAAACAUGGAGCAAAGCACCUCAUCAACUACAACAAGACACCUAACUGGGACGAAGAAGUUAUGAAAAUUACCAACGGAGAGGGAGCAGAUCACAUAAUUGAAGUAGGAGGUCAAGGCACUCUAGAAAGGUCAAUAAAAUCAGCCAAAACAGGAAGUGGGUACGUCCAAGUUAUCGGGUUCAUUGCAUCUGGUGGUGAAGCUAGUGUAGUAUUUCCCUUACUGGUGAACGCAGUAACUUUACGGGGAAUCUCAAUCGGUUCUGUUGAACAGCCUGUGAUUGAUAAGGUUUUCAAUUUUGAUGAUGCUAUUGCCGCGUAUGCCUACCUUGAGUUGCAGAAGCACGUUGGAAAGGUCGUAAUCAAAGUAGCGUAG